AUGGCUGCCGCAGAUGUGACGCUCGCUGCCGCUACUUCUAUUCUCCAAGGCCUGGCCCGCGACCCCGAUGUUUUUUCGAGCUCCGACCUGAAUGCUUCUCAUACAGCCUCCAAUGGCUGCGACACAAAACUCGUCAAAUUACCCGGCGAUCCUAGUCCGGCCCAAGCGGCGUUUGAGAAUGAGUUGGAGGCUUUGAUCCGACGGGUUCGCCAUCUGGAAUUUCAAGUUGUCAGUCAUCAACCAUCUCCCCGAAUCCUCCCCAACCCGUCUCCGUCUGCCGCCCAGGAUUCACAUAGUUUCCUGUGCUCUUUUGGCCUCUCUCGCUUGUCCUCUCAUGAAGAAGCUGCUUCUAACUCUUCUUGCGCCAUGCAGCAGGAAACUUCACGACGCCGCCAGAAAACAAGACGUGGCCGCCCUGAGGCGGAAGACAAUGAAGCCGACGAGGCUCUCGAUGACGAAGAGACUGAUGCCGAUGAAGAAAUCGAUUCGGGAACCCGCUUGGUCCGCGAGGAAGAUAUCAGUUACCUCCGGAACCACGUGCAGAAGCAGGCGGAGGAAAUCAGCUUCCAGAAGGGUAUUAUCGCUCAAGUUCGUGAUGAGCUGCAACAACAGGAAGAGCACACGCGGCGAGCGUUGACCAAAGUCGAGAAUGAAGAUGUGGUCCUUCUGGAGCGUGAACUACGCAAACACCAACAAGCCAACGAGGCUUUCCAGAAAGCGCUCCGGGAAAUCGGCGGCAUCAUCACCCAGGUCGCCAACGGUGAUCUGUCCAUGAAGGUCCAGAUUCAUCCCUUGGAAAUGGACCCCGAAAUCGCUACGUUCAAGCGCACAAUCAACACCAUGAUGGAUCAGCUGCAGGUUUUUGGCAGUGAGGUGUCUCGAGUCGCCCGCGAGGUCGGUACCGAAGGUAUCCUCGGUGGGCAGGCUCAGAUCACCGGGGUCCACGGUAUUUGGAAGGAGCUGACUGAGAACGUCAAUAUCAUGGCCAAGAAUCUCACGGACCAGGUGCGGGAGAUUGCCGCGGUCACGACCGCUGUCGCCCACGGUGAUCUCAGCCAGAAGAUCGAAAGCCGGGCCCAGGGAGAAAUCUUGGAGCUGCAGCAGACGAUCAACACCAUGGUGGAUCAAUUGCGUACAUUUGCCACGGAGGUCACCCGCGUCGCCCGUGAUGUCGGUACAGAAGGUGUGUUGGGUGGACAAGCCCAGAUUGAAGGAGUCCAAGGCAUGUGGAAUGAACUUACAGUGAACGUGAACGCCAUGGCGAACAAUUUGACGACUCAAGUGCGAGAUAUUGCGACGGUCACCAAGGCCGUGGCCAAGGGUGACCUCACCCAGAAGGUCCAGGCCAACUGCAAAGGAGAAAUCGCCGAGCUGAAGAAUAUUAUCAAUUCCAUGGUCGACCAACUGCGGCAAUUCGCUCAAGAGGUCACUAAGAUCGCCAAGGAGGUCGGUACGGAUGGUGUCCUCGGUGGUCAAGCCACUGUCAAUGAUGUGGAAGGUACCUGGAAGGACCUGACAGAAAACGUCAACCGAAUGGCCAACAACCUGACCACCCAGGUCCGAGAGAUUGCCGAUGUCACCACAGCCGUCGCCAAAGGUGACCUGACCAAGAAGGUCACGGCCAAUGUACAAGGUGAAAUACUCGAUCUCAAGAGCACUAUCAACGGCAUGGUGGACCGUCUGAAUACGUUCGCUUUUGAAGUCAGCAAGGUGGCCAGAGAAGUCGGCACAGACGGUACACUCGGGGGCCAAGCCAAGGUUGACAAUGUGGAAGGCAAAUGGAAAGAUCUCACCGACAAUGUCAACACCAUGGCCCAGAAUUUGACAUCUCAAGUGCGAAGUAUCUCAGACGUCACGCAAGCGAUUGCAAAGGGUGACCUCCGCAAGAAAAUCGAGGUGCAUGCGCAGGGGGAGAUUUUGACCCUCAAAGUCACAAUCAAUCACAUGGUGGACCGGCUUGCGAAGUUCGCAACCGAGCUGAAGAAGGUGGCUCGUGAUGUCGGUGUGGAUGGCAAAAUGGGCGGUCAAGCCAACGUGGAGGGCAUUGCCGGAACCUGGAAGGAGAUCACCGAGGACGUCAAUACAAUGGCGGAGAACUUGACGUCUCAAGUGCGAGCCUUUGGUGAAAUCACGGACGCUGCCACAGACGGCGAUUUCACCAAGCUUAUCACCGUGAACGCCUCCGGAGAGAUGGAUGAGCUGAAGCGCAAGAUCAACAAGAUGGUCUCCAACCUUCGAGAUAGUAUUCAGCGAAAUACUGCCGCCAGAGAGGCGGCCGAAUUGGCUAACCGCACCAAGUCUGAAUUCCUGGCAAAUAUGAGUCACGAAAUUCGAACUCCCAUGAACGGUAUCAUCGGCAUGACCCAACUCACCCUGGACACGGAUGACUUGAAGCCUUAUACACGAGAGAUGUUGAAUGUCGUGCACAACCUGGCAAACAGCCUGCUCACCAUUAUCGAUGAUAUUCUGGAUAUUUCAAAGAUCGAGGCUAACCGGAUGGUUAUUGAAAGCAUCCCGUUCACUGUCAGAGGAACCGUCUUCAACGCUUUGAAGACGCUGGCAGUCAAGGCCAAUGAGAAGUUCCUCAGUCUGACAUAUCAAGUCGAUAAUACCGUGCCAGACUAUGUCAUUGGAGAUCCCUUCCGCCUGCGUCAGAUCAUCCUUAACUUGGUUGGCAAUGCCAUCAAGUUCACCGAGCAUGGCGAGGUCAAGUUGACCAUCCGCAAAUCGGACCGAGAGCAGUGUGCUCCGAACGAGUACGCCUUCGAGUUUUCCGUCUCCGAUACUGGCAUUGGUAUUGAAGAGGACAAACUGGAUCUCAUUUUCGAUACCUUCCAACAGGCGGAUGGAUCGACCACGCGCAGAUUCGGCGGCACAGGUCUCGGAUUGUCCAUCUCCAAGCGACUCGUCAACCUGAUGGGCGGUGAUGUGUGGGUGACCUCCGAAUAUGGUCAUGGCAGCACAUUCCAUUUCACCUGCGUGGUGAAACUUGCUGAUCAGUCCUUGAAUGUCAUUUCAUCUCAGCUCAUGCCGUACAAGCAUCACCGUGUCCUCUUCAUCGACAAGGGACAAAACGGUUUCCAGGCGGAGAAUAUCAUCAAGAUGCUUCAACAACUUGAAUUGGAGCCUAUCAUUGUGAGAGACGAAGAUCACGUCCCGCCACCAGAGAUACAGGAUCCUUCCGGCAAAGAGUCGGGUCAUGCCUACGACGUUAUCAUUGUGGACUCGGUAGACACUGCUCGCUUGCUGCGGACGUAUGAUGACUUCAAGUACGUUCCCAUCGUCUUAGUCUGUCCGCUGGUUUGCGUAAGCCUGAAGUCGGCGCUGGAUCUGGGUAUCAGCUCCUACAUGACCACACCCUGUCAACCGAUCGAUCUCGGAAAUGGCAUGCUACCCGCUCUAGAGGGACGCUCGACCCCGAUCACCACCGAUCACUCCCGAUCGUUUGAUAUUCUUCUCGCCGAAGACAAUGAUGUCAACCAGAAACUGGCGGUCAAGAUUCUUGAGAAACACAAUCACAAUGUCUCCGUUGUCGGCAACGGAUUGGAAGCUGUGGAAGCUGUCAAGCAGCGUCGUUACGAUGUGAUCUUGAUGGACGUCCAGAUGCCUGUGAUGGGUGGUUUUGAGGCCACCGGUAAGAUCCGAGAGUAUGAGAGGGAAGCCGGUCUCUCCCGCACGCCCAUCAUUGCUCUCACAGCACACGCCAUGCUUGGUGACCGCGAGAAGUGCAUCCAGGCUCAAAUGGACGAGUACUUGUCGAAACCUCUGAAGCAGAAUCAGAUGAUGCAGACAAUCCUCAAGUGCGCGACCUUAGGCGGUUCGCUUCUGGAGAAGAGCAAGGAGUCUCGACUUUCCAGCAGCGGUGAGCUCCACCACUCCGAUGGGAAACGUCCAGGUAUGGAAACGAGGGCUAUCACAGCCUCCGGGUCUAUCGGUCGUGGCCUUGCAAGCCCCACUGGCGAGCAAGCUGAAGAUCUUGCAAUGGAGAGGGUAAGUUCUUCGCUCCUGUGGACAUUGCCUUUCUAG